AUAUUUUUGGACGCCCGCUCCACUGACGUCAUCGCGCUCGCGCACCUGUGAUGCAAAAUUCCCAUUUUUUAAAAACGUGGCCUGUCGCGUGAUCUUCACGGAACGACAGAACGCGUUAAUCUUGUACAAAAGCUGUCAGAAUGACCCAAGAUAAGCUCCUCACGGGUUUGAAGAAGGAUGUUCGCUCUCUUUUGGUCUCUGCUAAGCAUGGUUUGACCCCUGAGCAGCUCAAGAAGGACUACCAGACCAUGCUGGGCUUCCCCAUGCCCCUUGGGUUACUGGGAUUCAGAAAUGUUUUGGAUAUGGUCAAGGAAAUGCCUGAUGUUGUGCACUUGGAAUACCACUUUGACGGCAGCAUCAAGUUGAAAGCCAUUGGAGAUGAGAGCACCAAAGGCAUUCAAGAGCUGGUGUCCAGGCAACGCAAUCCCAAAACCAAAGCCAACAUUCGGAGGGCAACACCACGAAACUUCAAUGUCUCUUACCGAUGGAACCAGCCUGUUAAUCUCCCUCGACAUGGCCAAUCAAAACCCGCCCUGCCCGCUCAACUGCGCAGCCAACUAAAACAAUUACUAUCUCAUGGCCCUGUCAGAUUAUCAGAGCUGGAGUCCAGGUAUAUGGCACAGUUCGGAAAGCCGCUCAACAUCACGCAAUAUGGCUUCUACUCCAUUUCUGAGAUGCUGGCGGCUGCCACGGAUUUCAUAAUCAUGCAGCAGAGUCGCACAGGCUCACAACUGCUUCUGAAAAACGCCGCAAUGCCACAAAAUCAGAUCAAAAAUCUGAUGUCGAGUCUUUCUAAGCCAUUGGAAUCAAAACAGAAGCCUGUCAGUUCUAAAACGACUUUGCUGCCUGAGAGGAACCAACAAGAUUCGCACUCCCACCCUGCUGUUCCUAAACCGGAGCCUGUGAAGGCAGAGCACUCUUUGGAAGAAAAUAUUUUUAAGCUUGAGGAGGAGCUCAGACAGCAGAUCCUCGAGAAGGGCACCGCUGGCACCGUCAGCCACGAGCUGAAAGAUAAGCUUCAGAAGGUUGUGGCUGAAAAUGGCAGUGGGAUCUCCAUUCAAGAUCUUCCUACGGAAUACAAGCGAAUGUAUGGUGAAGAGUUGCCAUUGAGCAAGUAUGGCUUUCUGAGCGUGACAGAAAUGGUUGGGGCUUUGAGGGACACAUUGUCCAUCCAAAAAGGUGCUGAUGAGAAUGAAAACAAAUGGAUGGUUGUGGAGUUCAAACCGAAUGACAUACAACCCACUAAACCUGAAUUAUCCAUGGGUCACGGCACCACGUCCAGUCUGACGAAUGAACCCCAGAAUCCCUCCAGCAAAGCCUCUUACUUCAGUUGUGCCGAGUCUGCCUGGGAGCGUGACGAGAUGGAGCAGUACACAGAUUCCCAAAAGUCUGAAACUGAGCUCAGUGUCACCAAUAAAACCAUCCAUCAGAUGGUGGAUCUUUUCCCAGAGUUGGUGGUGAGUCAAGUCUCAGCGGUUCCUCCAGACGCGGUGCGUUGCCAGAGGCUGAAGUCCCCAACUCCCAGAAGGGAGAGAGAGCUGGUGCCCGUCCUGGUGGAGCAGGCGGAGUCUCCCAGUCACUUCUACAUCCGCUUCAGCCAAAACAAGGAGGCCAGAGCCCUUGAGAACAUGAUGAUUGAAAUGAGGAGCUGUUACUCCUACCCAGAUGUGACUGAGAGAUACCGGCUGCCUGAUGCGUAUGUGCGGCCGGGUCAGGUGUGCUGUGUGGCCCCCAGAGACAUGUGGUUCUACAGGGUGGUGAUCCACGAGGUGUUCAGUGAUACUGAAGUAAAGGUGUACUAUGUUGACUAUGGAGACAUCACAAAAGUGGAACGAAACAGCCUCCGAUUUCUCAAAGCUUGUUACUCUGAUCUUCCGGCUCAGGCUGUCCCGGCAAUGUUAGCUGGAGUUCGGCCUAUCACGGUUAGCAGUGUUACAUGCUUUACAAGUCUUCCUGUCUGUGAGCGCACUCUGGUGGCCGCAAUCCACAGCUACCAGGAGCACUUCCUGAUGCUCUUCCUGUGCGACACAAACACGGAGGAGGAUGUUUAUAUUCACCUGGCCCUAGAGAAAGAGGGCCACGCCCUUCCCUCCAUUACUGCUUAUGGAUUGGUGUCAGGGCAGUUCAACCCAGUGACGUCUUAUUUUGGAGAUGACCAGCUUGAGGAAGUAAAGGAGUCUUUUUCACCCUCCACAUCUUUGCCAGAUAACCAGAUCUGUUUUCAGGGAAAUGGCUCUCUGAGCUUCUCACAAACGGUUUCCAGCUCUAAAAAUGGAGAUACUAACUUCUCCAUAAAUGUGGACUCAAUCUUGGACAUUCCUGCCCUCGAGUGUAUAAAUGAUCCUGACAUCAAAACUGCAGCUAAAAGUGGCAAGGUAAAUCCGUCUGAGGCUCCGCAGGCUGAAGUCCCAUUAUGCUGCAGUGAAUGGGAUCAGGAAUGGACAGCAGAGGACAAAACAGAUAAGACAAAGCUUGAACAUGACGUCAAGAUAGAAGACGAAUCGAAACCUGAGAGCGUGUCUACUCCUCCACCUGUCCAAGCAGCAGUAAGUGACCCGCAGAUGUGUGCUUCUCCAGCUAAACCAAAGCCUGUCUUAACUACAUGCACCAGCCCUUACACUCCUCCUAACCCCAUCCUGAUCAACUCCAGCUAUCUAGUUUUUCCAGGUGUACCCAUUAUUCCGGUCCAGCCCCAGCUCUCCCACUUCAUGAUGCAAUUGUUCAGCAGUCCAGUUCAUCUGGGACCGGGUCCAAACAGUCUGUUCCAGCACCACAUAUCUCCCUUAGCUCUGAGACCAGCUGCGCGCCUGUCUGCCAGGGCCAACAACCUACACUGGCGCUCCAGUCACAUAGCCUGACAGUCCAGAAGAGCUGUGUGUUUUGUAUUCUCGUCAUGUUAAGUAACUUUUGUUCUUUCAUUUCUUUGGCUGCAACAUCCAAGAAAUAUAUCAAAUGAUGUAUGAGAAAAGCAGUGACACGUCAAAGCAGAUACAUUUCUCAUAUUUUUUUUAGCGAAAUAUAUCUCCAGUAGCACAUUGUUCUUUAUUUUCAUGUAUUUGCAUGUACAGUGCUAAAGUUUUGUGUGUUUUUAUGCUUUCUCUAUGGACCAAACUGGCCAUUUGUUUUUUUUUAUUUAUUAUUAAGUUGCUUGUUCAGUGUUCAAUCCAGAUUUUCUUUUAUCAAGAACCAAACAGUUUUAUAAAGGGAAAAAUAUGGUAUAAAAAAGGAUGCUACA